CGCAGCCAGCCCGGCAUGGGGAACAUCGCCUGCGUCCCGCAGGCUCCCGGCGGCUUCAGGAGCUCCUUCCGAAGGAAACCCUCGCUGAAGAAGGACCAAAAUGGCAAGAAAAAGCUGCCCAGCUUCUUUGGGAUAGACGGAGGCCAGGAGAGAGACACGACCACGGACAAAAUCCUGCAGUAUAUUCCAGCCAAGAUUAUUCAGAAGCAGGAAAACCAGAAGGAAAACUUGGACCAGAGGUUCCCCAGCCUGUUCAAGAAGGGCCGAAGGAAAACGGUUGUCAGGAAUUUGGGCAAAAUGAUUUAUUACUCCAAGGUCAAGUUUAAGUUCCAGCACUGCCAGGAGGUCAACAGCUGCUUCCUGGAGCUCUUCCAGUCCUACCUGUACUUCCAAUCCACGGCUCCCAACGGCCUCACCUACCAGGGGCUGCUGCCCCUGAAGGAGCUGGAGGUGCGGGAGCUGGGCGCUGGGCAGAGCCCCGGGCAGCAGGACCACGCUUUCCACAUCUCAGGGCCCCUGCUGAACCCCCUGGUGGUGUUCUGCCCGUCCGAGGCCGAGCUGAAGCAGUGGCUGUACCACCUGGAGAAGCAGAUCCAGCUCUGUGGAGGGAGCCUGGCCUUGCCCCUGCUGUGCCAGAGCGGCCGGACGCCGAGCGCCGGGGACAAGGAGGGGCUGCGCUGGUCCCUGCAGAACCUGCCCGUGCAGGACUGGAGAGGCACCCAGCGGGAAUCCCUGGGAGAAAUCCUCUGCGUGUCCAAGGUGAAGCUUCAGCACCUGCCCUUCCAGGAGCAGCACGACCGGCUCCUGGUGCUCUACCCCUCCACGCUGGUGAUCGUGUCCGAGGAGCCCGGCGGCCUCUGCUUCAAGGGAGAGCUCCCCCUCAACGCCAUCCAGGUGCUUUUUGAGGAGAACGACAAAACCUCCUUUUUGAUCGAAGGCCGGCUGAUAAAUUCCAUCCGGGUGACCUGUCCCAGCUACCAGGACUACCAGGAGUGGCUCUACUGCCUGAACACCGCCCAGUUCCGAAACGCCGACUCCUCCCUCUCGGGCUCCGAGAGCUUCUCCGCGGGGUCAAAGCCGCCGCACCCCAGCCAGCUCAGCAGCAGCGGCCGGGGGUCCCUGAGCUCCGACGGCCGCAGCAGCUCCUGGGCGUCCGCAGGGAGAGCGGCCGCGCUGAGCCAGCCGUCCCUGCCCGACGGCCACCCCUUCCUGCUGGGCCCCGAGGGCCGGCUGCUCGAGCAGCCCCUGUCCCCCGGCUACGCGCAGCCUCUGCACAGCCUGGCACAGCCCGGCUGGCCCACGCAGGAGCUGCGCAGGGGGAACAGCGCCAGGAAAUCCAAGGGCAGGAGCAGCGGGCAGCAGCUGCCCAGCCAGGAGCCCGAGAGGGGCAUCGGCAGCCUCAGCCCCGAGAGGCCCACGGGGGAGACCCAGUCCCCGCUGUACCACGAGCCCUACACGGCCCCCGGCCCCCAGCAGCACCCCCGGGCACAGCGGGAGCUGGGCAGGUUCCUGCAGUGCCACGGGCAGACAGGACCAGCCCAGGGCCCCGUGCCGGGUCCCCAGCAGCUGUCCCUGGAGCAGUGGCACUGCCAGCCCCUGCCAGGGCACUGCAGGGAGGUGCCCACGCUCCCCAUCUACAGCACCCCGGGCACCUCGCACCGCCUCCGGCCGCGGGCACCGGCCCAGGGCUCCUACCUGGGGGAGAUCUCCGCCCUGCCACAGGAACACCUGAGCCCCGAGCUGCGUCCCCCAGAUGGCACCUACGACCUGCCGGAUGGCAGCUGUGCCCUGGCAGGCCUGGCAGCUGGCAGCUGUGCCCUGGCAGAGGGCUCCUGCCCGUGCCAGGACUCGCUGUCGUGCCACGACUAUGCCGAGCUGCAGAGCUCCCAGAGCGACCUGAGCUACGACAACCUGUGGGAGGCGGAGGGGAAGGAGCCCCCGCUCGUGUGCCAGGUCUGAGGUGCCCCUGGCACCCCGGCCCGCCUCCCCUCUGCC